UUAUCUCUGUUUUCCAAAGACACAAGACAAUACUCAAAUCAUUAGAUUUCUCCGAAAAAAUAAAAAAUGCAAUCAAGAUUUGCAACCGUAGCAGCAAAGUCAACUCACUGGGUCUUCUCCUCUAGAGCUUGCCAGCGUGGAUUGGCCUCCAUUACGACGCCGUAUCGCACCGCUGACCCUGCUGGUCAUGCCGAGGAUUACGAAGCUCACCAACCUGCUUCUCCUCAUGGAAACCCAGAUGAAACGAGAAAUGUUGCGGAGCCUAAACCAGCUGAGCCACCAGAAAGAACAGAGUAUAAAGUGGAAGGUACAACUGAACCCCUUAGGCCACCUAAACCGGCCGCCACACAUGGUAGUUCCCCAAGGCUAGAGAGCACUGGAGUGAACCAGCCACUGGAUCCUACUUCACAGCAAAAACGGAACCAAACGACGACGAUUUCUCUUGAAGACACGAAUUGCGCGGGUCUGGAUGGGUCUCCGUGGCCGAAUGACGAGGGAGAGAGGUGGAGUGAUAGAGCCGAACAAGAGAAGGACGACGUUGAGUACUUUAAGCACCACAAGGCAUCGCCGUUGUCGGAGAUGGAGAUGGCCGAUACACGGAAGCCGAUCACUCAGGCAACUGAUGGGACGGCUUAUCACGGUACGAGUGCGGACGUGAUCUUGUGGAGGCCGGAGCAGCUUGAUACGGCUGAGGAAGCGCUGAAGAGGGCGGCGGAGAUAUGGAGGCAGAAUGCUAUGCGUGGUGACCCUGAUGCUCCUCAUUCUAGGGUUCUUAGGGCUCUGCGCGGUGAGGAUUUUUGAGAUGGAAAGGUUUGAACUAUUGCACCAUGUUGACAAGUUCUAAUCUUCAUGUUGUUAUGAUCGUCGACUAUGGUUAUGUGAAUUGUGCUCAACAAAAAUAUUAAUAAUGAUAAUAUACAAAAAUCUGAAAAAUUGUGUAGGCACAUAGAUCAAUUAUGCAAUAACAUUUUCUCAAAAAAACAAAAAAAAAAAUGUAUAUUUAUGAAAAGACAAACAUAGGACACGACCCGCCAAAAUAGGAAGGGAAACGUCCUUUCUAUGACUUAUAAUAUCCAUGUUGGACUUGAGCUAUCCAAGUUAAUGGAAGAAUUCUUGCUCUUUCCCUUUUCUCCGGUGUUACUUGCUCCAAGAAACUUCUUGUCUUUCUUUUAAAGAACUUAAUAAUGAAGCUAGGUAGAUAAUAAACAUUUCGACUAUUUUAACGUUGUUUCUUGCUGUUGGUGCAAAAUUUGCUAAGGAAAAGAUUUGAGAAAUGGAAAACUUCACAUCAAGAUUUUGCUAGGAGGUGGGCGCACACGUUGGAGAGAGUGACCAUGAGUAUGGCACCAUUGGCAUUUUCCUUGGUACUCUGUCUGGUUGGUGGUGUUGGAGCGUUUGUUGGUGUUUUUGUAUGGUUGUUGUGGGCGAUAGUUGGGGUUGGCGGGUGGAUUUUGAUUGUAGUU